AUCACUCCACUCCUCAGCCCACCACACCAGCAAGCAGGCCAGGCCGCUACAACGCACAACGCGACGCGACCGCCGCCUCGGGGUUCGCGCACCACCACCGUAUAGUACCAUGUCCACCAUGGGCUCCUCGGCGCAGCUCAGGCGGCUGAAGCCUCUGUACCAGCUGGUGGUGAACAACAUCCUGGCCAUCGUGGCCGUGCCGCUCGCCGCCUCGGUCCUCCUCAAGGCGGCGUCGCUCGGGCCCGAGGAGAUCCUUGCCCGGGCCCUGGCGCUCCGGCCGGCGCACAUGUUCCUGCUCGCGUUCCUGCCGGCCGCGGCCACGGUGCUGUACCUCAUGCUCCGCCCGCGCGCGGUGUACCUGGUGGACUACGCGUGCUUCCGCACCAACCCCAACUGCCGCGUCCCGUUCGCGACGUUCCUGGAGCACUCCCGCGUGUGGCCGGGCUUCGACGAGCGCAGCGUCCGGUUCAUGACGCGCCUCCUGGAGCGCUCGGGUCUCGGGGAGGAGACUUGCCUGCCGUACGCGCAGCACUACAUCCCGCCGUCGCGUGACCUCGAGUCCUCCCGCGCCGAGGCCGAGCUCGUCAUCUUCUCCGCCAUCGACGACCUGCUCGCCAAGACGGGCGUCUCCCCGCAGGACAUCGACAUCCUGGUCGUGAACUGCAGCCUGUUCGCGCCGACGCCGUCCUUCACGGACAUGAUCAUGCACCGGUACGAGCUCCGCAAGGACGUGCGCAACGUGCACCUCUCCGGGAUGGGCUGCAGCGCGGGUCUCAUCUCCGUGGAGCUGGCCCGGAACCUGCUGCAGGUGGCUCCCCGUGGCGCGCGCGCGCUGGUGGUGUCGACGGAGACCAUCACCCCGAACUACUACAUGGGCAGGGAGCGCGCGAUGCUGCUCCCAAACUGCCUGUUCCGCAUGGGCGGCGCGGCGGCGCUGCUGUCGACCAGCGGCGCCGGGGCGCGGUUCCGCCUGGCUCGCGUGGUGCGCACGCUGCGGGGCGCCUCGGACAGCGCGUACCGCUGCGUGUACCAGGAGGAGGACGACCGUGGCAACGUGGGCAUCAACCUGUCCAAGGACCUGAUGAACAUCGCGGGCGACGCGCUCAAGGCGAACAUCACGGCGAUGGGCCCGCUGGUGCUGCCGGCGUCGGAGCAGCUGCUGUUCGCGCUGUCCUUCAUCGCGCGCAAGGUGCUCAACAACCGGAUCAAGCCCUACAUCCCGGACUUCCGCACGGCGUUCGAGCACUUCUGCAUCCACGCGGGCGGGCGCGCGGUGAUCGACGAGCUCCAGCGGAGCCUCACGCUGUCGGACGAGCAGGUGGAGGCGUCGCGGAUGACGCUGCACCGCUUCGGCAACACCUCCAGCAGCUCCCUCUGGUACGAGCUCGCCUACAUCGAGGCCAAGGGACGCAUGCGCACCGGCGACCGCGUCUGGAUGAUCGGAUUCGGCUCCGGGUUCAAGUGCAACAGCGCCGCCUGGGAGUGCAUCCGCCCCGCCGCCAACGCCGACGGGCCAUGGGCCAACUGCAUCCACCGGUACCCAGUCCACAUUCCCGACGUGCUCAAGCACUGAGCCACCAUCAAAACGAACCGUUGGAACAGUGAUUGGUUGGAAUCUGGGAUCGACGGAGAGGACUUGUCGUGUCAAUUACAUGGGCUCAAGGCGGCGGGGUGGUCGUCAUAAAGGAGGCGGGGUCGGACCAGGCUCCAGUCAGUCAGUCAGUACAUGUGCGCCCGGGGAACGGAACGGAUGUGUUGUGUCUCGGUCCGGGGCGUUUGUAUACUACAUACACUCGUUUCGUGGUGUGAGUGACUUCGUGUCGCGUUGUGUUCACAUUUCUUUAUCUACUCUUAUAAUAUACGUAUGUUUUUCCUAUUUCUUUCAAACUCAUUAUUCAUCCAGUA